CAAAAAUAAAAAUCCAAAGCUCUCUCUCUCUCUGUAUAUUUCUCCUUAUUAAUUCCACCGUUUCCUUCAUUUCCUCAUUUCUCGUUGAAGAAGAUGGCUCUUAAUUGUUCGCCAAAUCCUCUUAGAAGGCUAGAAGGGAAGGUGGCGAUCAUCACCGGUGGCGCAAGCGGGAUCGGAGCCAGUGCAGUGCGAAUUUUCCAUGAAAAUGGAGCAAAAGUCACAAUCGCCGAUAUCCAAGACGAAGCCGGCCAAAAAAUCGCCGAUGAACUCGGGGAAGACGUAAACUAUAUCCACUGCGAUGUGUCCAAGGAAGAAGACGUCAGCAAUGUUGUGGACGCCGCCGUGUACCGGCAUGGGAAGCUUGACAUCAUGUACAGCAACGCCGGCGUUAUUGAUCGUAGCUUUAGCGGCAUAUUGGACGUUACAAAAUCUGACUUGGACAAGGUGUUGGGCGUGAACGUGAUGGGUGCAUUUUGGGGGGCAAAGCAUGCAGCCAGAGUAAUGAUACCACAAAAAAAUGGGUGCAUUUUGUUCACAACCAGCGCAACCACCAAUAUUGCCGGCCUCUCAUCUCACCCAUACGCAUCCUCCAAAUGUGCAGUCCUUGGGUUGGUGAGGAAUCUAUCUGCCGAGCUCGGCCAACACGGGAUUAGAGUCAACUGCGUAGCCCCCUUCGUCGUAGCAACUGGGAUUGCAGGUCCUAGAAAUCCGAUGCAAGCGGAGGCGCUUGAGACCAUGGUCACCAGCUGGGCCAAUCUCAAAGGUUGCGUUCUUAAGGCCGAUGACAUAGCCAACGCUGCACUCUACCUGGCUAGUGACGAUGCUAAAUAUGUCAGUGGCCUCAAUCUUGUAGUCGAUGGAGGGUAUAGUGUUGUCAAUCCUUCCAUGCUUAAGACUCUUAAGUUCAUGGACUGAAAAUCUAUAGCUACGCUUACAAGGGUUGUUUCCCUACUAUAUAAGUAGUUCAUAAACUAUAAAACGUAUUUUGUGUUUUA